UGUGCAGGGCGUCAAAACAUUGGCACUCCUUCGAUAUAAAGUUGUUUUUGACAAAAAUUAAAACGUGCCAGUAUGUCACUUUCACGCGGUUGGAGUAAUGGCAUGUUCAACUCCUUAAUAUAUUGGCUCGCAUCUAGGUUGUGCCUUUCGAUUGCGAGAAAAUGAACAACUAAGGAAGAAUGUUUCCUUUCUCUCAUUGACUUCUCAAACCCCAAAACUCGGCCUGGUCUGUUUCACCAGCGUUCCCUGGGUUAGAAGCUCUGUGAUUAUACUGCGCAUUACGCAAAGACGUGCGUGCCAUUUGCCGCGCCUCUUCCCGAACAGAGUCACUGCUGCGCAGACACAGAUUGGCUUGUCAAAGUACGCGAAACAACUCCCUUCAACUGCUAACUCCCUUCCUUUGAAUAGCAACCCAUCAGAUACCGUGUUUUAUAGACGUGAUUCCAGUACAUAAUAGUAAAAGUUAUUCAAUUAACAGUUUAAAUAGCAUUGGUUUCGUAUCCGCAAGGUGAGCGGUGAAAACGUUGAAGCACCCACUCAUUUGGAAUAGCCUACUAGACCGGAAAAUGGUUCUCAAAUCGGAAGACGGAGUCGUGCCAGAUGACCUCACCCCUGAGGAGCAGCAUGAGCUGGAAAACAUCCGCCGACGCAAGCAAGAGCUGCUGGAAGACAUUCAGCGUCUGAAGAAUGAGAUAGCAGAAGUGACCAGUGAGAUCGAGAACCUGGGUUCCACAGAGGAGAGGAAAAACAUGCAGAGGAACAAACAAGUGGCCAUGGGCCGAAAGAAAUUCAACAUGGACCCUAAAAAGGGGAUUAAGUUCCUGAUUGAGAACGACCUGCUUAAGCACACCAGCUCUGACAUCGCCCAGUUCCUGUACAAGGGGGAGGGGCUAAACAAGACCGCCAUCGGAGACUACCUUGGGGAGAGAGAUGAGUUCAACCUCCAGGUCCUCCAUGACUUUGUGGAGCUCCAUGAAUUCACCGACUUGAACCUGGUCCAGGCCCUGAGACAGUUCCUGUGGAGCUUCCGGCUGCCUGGCGAGGCCCAGAAGAUCGACCGCAUGAUGGAGGCUUUCGCCCAGAGAUACUGCCAGUGUAACCCUGGCGUCUUCCAGUCCACAGACACCUGUUACAUCCUGUCGUUUGCCAUCAUCAUGCUGAACACCAGCCUCCACAACCCCAACGUGAAGGACAAGCCGGCCGUGGAGCGUUUCAUCUCCAUGAACAGAGGAAUCAACGAUGGAGGAGACCUUCCAGAGGACCUGCUCAGGAACCUGUAUGACAGCAUCAAGAACGAGCCCUUCAAAAUCCCUGAGGACGAUGGGAACGAUCUCACACACACCUUCUUUAACCCAGACCGGGAGGGCUGGCUGCUUAAACUGGGGGGACGCGUCAAGACCUGGAAGAGAAGAUGGUUCAUUCUCACGGACAACUGUCUGUAUUACUUUGAGUAUACCACUGACAAAGAGCCCAGAGGGAUCAUUCCACUGGAGAACCUCAGCAUCCGAGAGGUUGAGGACAAGAAGCCUAACUGCUUUGAACUCUUCAUCCCAGAGAACAAGGACCAGGUGAUCAAGGCCUGUAAGACGGAGGCGGACGGCAGAGUGGUGGAGGGGAACCACACCUUCUACAGGAUCUCUGCUCCCACCACGGAGGAGAAGGAUGAGUGGAUGAACAGCAUCAAAGCUGCCAUCAGCAGGGAUCCCUUCUAUGAGAUGCUGGCUACCCGCAAGAAGAAGGUCUCCUCCAUGAAGAGACACUAGAGCUGCUCAGGACUCCUCCUCUUCCCCCCGUUGAGAGAGUUUGGACCCAUCCUGCUGAGACCCUGAGACUUGUGUUUUCAGGCCUGGGGAUGGGGUUGGGGAAGGGGCUGCAGACUGGGGGUUGGGGCAGGGGCUGCAGACUCGGGGUUGGGGCCUCUUGCCUCGGUCAGCAUUUCUCUGGGAUAGGCUCUAGCUUUGGGAUUCCACAGACCGACCAACAGGACAGGGUGCAUGCUGUCCUGCCUCCCCCUCCUCCUCUUCCCCCUGCUCCUGUCUCUGUGGCUGAAUGCUCUCCGUCUCUCUCUAAACUCUUUGCUGUGUGUAUUUUGGGAGGAAGGGGUCUAUCGCUUUCUGGGUAAAAUGGAUCCCCUCCCUCAAAAAGACAUGUGCACACACACACACUAAUGUCGUACACUGAAGUCAUACACACACACACACACACACACACACACACAAAACACACACACCUCAUCUAAACUCAGCAGGUCUGAUGGAGUUGUUGUGGCAUCCCAACCAAAAUAUUCUUACUAGCUUUCAAAAGGAAAGGUGAGAUGCUUUUCUGUAUACGUUAAUAUGAUGGGCAACGUGUGUUUGUAGAGCUUACUACUGUAUAUAUUUCCCUCAGAAUCUUGAGCUUUUGGGUUUCAGUUGUAGUUUUUGAUAACGUUUUUAGAAAGACUGAGGGGGAAUGGGUUAUAUUGCCAACCGACAAUUUUUUUGAAACGAGAAUAAACUUUUUUGAAGUCUUUCUGUCAAAGUUGCCUCUCAGGAGAUUGUUACUUGGCUCUGGAUCGGUCUGUAUCAGGAUAAACCUAGACUCUGUCCAAACUGUCACUCAGUAACUGAAGGAAGAGUUCAUUUACAAUGAGUUUUUAAAAUGAACAUAAUUAAAUGAGCAUGUUUGCCAUUACAUUUGCCUGUUUAUAUGCACAUAAUCUGUGACAAUAAUUGAGCUUUGACAGCUAUAUUCCUCCAUAGCUGUUUGCCCCUGACUCUUUGUUGUUCAUAUGUAUCCCCAGUUGUUUGACAGCAGUUUAGACGUGCUAACUGAAAACACACUCCGAAACACGGUUGUUAAACACAGUGUCGUGUUCAUUAGGCACCGAAACGGAAGAACGGGGACGGAAAAAGGUGGGGACUAACUUGACUUGUCCAAUAAGAUGUGUUCAUUUUCGUUUUCUGUUGUGUGCACUAAUGUACACUUCCCUGAUGAGUGGUUUGCACAUGGUCUUAGUGUGGGAUUAUGGGCGAGGGCUCAGCUAUCGCACUUCAUUUCCUGUUGGACUUGGAGGUCCAUUCAGGGGACUAGAGAGUCUGUCAGCGGGAGUGUCUGUGUAUCUGUCAGUCAGUACGGGCCACAACUCAGGGGCUCACAGAGAUUUGAGGUGUCUGGAAAUUGAGGUAUUGUCCUCAUCUGCCCUGUCCCUUUAUUCUGUCCUCUUUUCUCUUCACUUCUCUCUUUCCUUGUCUUUCACGCAUCUCUCUUUUUCCUCUCAUAUUCUCCUCUCUCUUUCUCUCGCUCACUCUCUGUAAAUGUAACAUACACACAAGAUAAUUGAACAAUAAUCACAUUUGAUGGUGUACAACUGACUAGGUAUCCCCCUUUCCCAGUAUCCUAUUUCCUAUUCAUUGUCUACCUGACACUCCCAAUGAAAUGUGUCCUAUCAUGCUGCUGGUUAGCUAAUUCACAAAGAUGCUCUUUCUAAGUGGAGCUGGUUAUUUUUACCUCUUAAAUGCAACAAAGAUGCCCUCACCUAUCUUUUUAUCCUAUAGGAGUACUCUUAAAUGUCCUUCCUCAUUUGCAGACACAGUAUAAAAUGCUAGAACAAUCCAGGUUUCACCUUCUUCAACCCACACUCACCAUCCUAAAGCAUUGGAAUAGCUAUCUCACUUAUUUCAGAUAACUGUUGCAUCCUUUACUGUACUAGGAAUACAGUAAUAAUACCUGUAAGACAAACAACGCCUAGGAAUACAGUAAUAAUACCUGUAAGACAAACAACGCCUAGGAAUACAGUAAUAAUACCUGUAAGACAAACAACGCCUAGAAAUACAGUAAUAAUACCUGUAAGACAAACAACGACUAGGAAUACAGUAAUAAUACCCGUAAGACAAACCAAGCCUGGGCAGUGGACUGUCCGUUCCUAGAGUUGGAACACCCUGGAAUGUUUGGAUUGGAUUUGAGACAAAACACAGCUGUUGAUCAGGAAUGUACCACUAUGCUCCAUAGGGGUGAACUACUCUGAUCAGGAAUGUACCACUAUGCUCCAUAGGGGUGAACUACUCUGAUCAGGAAUGUACCACUAUGCUCCAUAGUGGUGGAACUACUCUGAUCAGGAAUGUACCACUUUGCUCCAUAGUGGUGGAACUACUCUGAUCAGGAAUGUACCACUAUGCUCCAUAGUGGUGGAACUACUCUGAUCAGGAAUGUACCACUAUGCUCCAUAGUGGUGGAACUACUCUGAUCAGGAAUGUACCACUAUGCUCCAUAGUGGUGGAACUACUCUGAUCAGGAAAGUACCACUACUCUGUGAUCAGUGCCUGGCAAGUCAGUUAAGAACACAUUCUUAUUUUCAAUGACGGCCUAGGAACAGUGGGUUAACUGCCUUGUUCAGGGGCAGAACGACAGAUUUGUACCUUGUCAGCUCGGGGGUUUGAACUCGCAACCUUCCGGUUACUAGUCCAAUGCUCUAACCACUAGGCUACGCUGCCGCCCCGAAUGUACCACUAUGCUCCAUAGUGGUGAACUACUCUGAUCAGGAAUGUACCACUAUGCUCCAUAGUGGUGAACUACUCUCCCAGUGCAAGACCUCUUAAGUUAGCUUUGGUCUACAUGAUGUGUUUUUAAAGUGGAAUCAUACAUGGCAUCACAAUUGCAUCCAGCAAAUGCAGCUUUAUUUGUGCGUAAAACCUUCUCUACUCUGUGAUCAGUGCCUGGCUGUCUGUUAUUCAUGUUUUUCCUCAUUUAUGGAGGCACAUUCAUGCCAAAAAUAAAGAAGCAUUGAUAUUGACAAAUUAUUCAUCAGUAUUAGUUUUAUUUCAAUAUUUGUUUUGUGCCAAGAAUCUGCUUCCAUAGCACAUAGCCCUGUUUCCCUGAUUAGUUUAUCCUAGCCUCGUCUCAGCAGACUGCUUAUAGAGAUGACCAGGAAACAGCUAAUAAAACAAUCAGAAAUCUAGACAGAAUUUGGUUACUGGUUAUUUAUCAAGGUUGUAUAUACUUAAAUGUAUAGUGGAUUUAUCUGUUUUUUCAUGUUAUUUUGGAGUUUUAAUGUAGCAAUAUGAUGUUAUUAUUAGCCAUUUUUCUUUUUGUUUCAUAGUGUUUGAUUUGAGGUUUCUAUCAUUGCCAUGUAAUCAAAAGCUGAAAUAAAGUAAAGACUAGCUUGUCACUACGGC